AUGGAGUCUUCCACGACCUUCGUGAGACACCUGCCGAUCACACCAGGCGACAGUGGCUUCGUGCCCUGCCUUAGCUGCCAGGGCACCUCCAGUGAGGGCAACAUGUCCCACUGUCUGAAAAGCUUCCAGAACACACAGCGGUAUAAAAACCAGCUGGAGGAAUUACGCUGCUCAGUGGCCACUGCCCAACUAAAGCCCGUCUGCUCAGAGGAGACGGUCCUGCGGACCCUGCACCAGUAUUACCGGCAGUACCACCCCUUGAGUCGGGAAUCCAACUACAUGAAGAAACCUCUUCAGGACCCCAUCCCCGGCUGGGCAGGCUACCUGAAGAGAGCCAGGCUCACUGAAUUAGGCUGUGCCACGCGGUACACUGUCAUGGCCAGAAACUGCUGUAGGGACUUCCUGGACAUCGUGGAGCAGGCCAGGAGAACACAGCUGAAACCACAUGAGGAGUAA